CAAAUUAAUGAAAUUAAAGAAGUUUAUGUUGAAUCUAUUAAACAUCUUGAAAGAAUUAUUGAAGAAAAGAAUAUUAUUAUUCAAGAUACUGUUAACCAAUAUGAAAAAAUUGGUGAAAAUACUGUUAGACA